UGGGUUGAAUAACGAGAUUUUGGGAUCUUGAUUUGCAGAGGAUACAUGGCACCAGAAUAUGCAUUAUGGGGUCACCUGACGUACAAAGCAGAUGUUUACAGUUUUGGAGUAGUGGCCUUGGAAAUUAUUAGUGGGAAGAACAACAAUAAUUAUAUCCCAAGUGAUGACUGGGUUUGCCUUUUAGAUUGGGCUUGUCAUUUGCAACAAACCGGAAACUUGUUGGAGCUAGUUGAUGAGAAGUUAGGGUCUGAGGUUGACCAAAAAGAAGCGGAGAUCAUGGUUAAAGUGGCUCUGAUUUGUACAAAUGCCUCUGCAUCACUUAGGCCGAGCAUGUCCGAGGUGGUGAGCAUGCUUGAAGGACAAACCCCUGUUCCUGACUUGAUCCCAGAACCAAGUACCUAUAGAGAAGAUUUGAGGUUUAAGGCCAUGAGAGACCUCCACCGGCAGAGGCAAGAUCAUAGUUUAAGUAUCAGUGGAACACAGCAUUCAACUACGGUCCACACAUUCGAGUCUACCUCUACGUCCGGCCUUGAAUAUCAAUAUUAUUCAAUUGAAGAUUCAAUUUAAUUAGUUCACUCGUUUUCCUCACCAAAGACUGAAUAAUUUCUGCUGUAAAUUUCUACAAAUUAAUAGAAACGUUGAAACUGUAACUGCAAUAUUUUGAAUUCUAUUUCAGCCGCCGGCCGCCGACAACAUAUUACAUA